UAAUGUUUUACACAUAGCCAAUAACGGCCCAAUAACUAAGCAGCCCAACACACAUCAAAAGGAGAACCAAUUUGGAAUCAAAUAGCCCAACAAUGACUACAAGAAAAAAAAAUAAAACGGUGGCCCAAGAUGGAGAGUAAUCAGGUAAACCAAUCUAAUUACGGAUUCCACGAAGCUGAGAUGACAAGUCAGAUGAAACAGAGAAGACGAGAAUGGAACAUGUUGUUUGGUCCCAAUUUAUAAACUUCUUUUGCUGGAAUCGAGAUUGAUUAGUUAAUUUAAAUUAUAAAACCAGAUUUUGCGCACCCUAAAACUUUGUUCAGACAAAACCAAAACCCUUUCUGUUCUCCCCCAUCAAAUGAUCAAUUUAUUGAAAACAAAAUUCCGAGAUUUUAUUAAGCAUUUUGGAAAAUUGGAAGUUUAUAGCAAAAGACACGUGAUUUCAUCGAGACCGUUGGUUGUUAGUAGUGACUUUGGAACGGGUGGUUGAGAUUUUAAUGAAGUAAAUAACAUCAGUAGUAAAGCGUUGAGGGAGGGAAGGUAAGCAAUCGUAGCCGUUGGAUAUUGGCAGUGGAUUAAUCGUAGGGCCGAUGUAUGGUUAUUUGUUUUUCGACUCUUUUCUCUUUUGGCUUUUCUAAGAUAAGCAAAAUUUGUAAUCCAAAAACUUGGCUGCCAAGGCAAUUUCCCCUAUUAAUUAUGUAAUGUUUUUAGGGUUUUUAACUUUUAAGUUAGCGGAAAAGAUCUGAAAAUAAUCAUUUCUUAAAAAAUUAGGGUUUUACUUUUCUGUGAACAUAUCAAUGUCUCUGCUUCUCAGACGGCUGUCGGAGCUUUGCCUUUCGAAACCUGCGUCCGUGAGGUCUUCUCUACUUCUCUCUAAUGGCUUCUCAUCAUCGUCUUUGUUGCAAAGCCCUCCUUGUACCAUAAUCGGCGCUCGUCGUUGUGGACCGUAUUUUGGAAGACUCAUCAUUUUUAACGCUAAUGAAGAUGACUCCACUUAUUUGGAAAAGAAGGUGCCUAUGGAGUUGGUAGCUAGUGAUCCAAUGGUGGUGUAUAAUAAUGCAACUGUAACAAUAGGGGCAUCUCAUGGAUGGGUAGCUACUGUGAACAAGGACGACGGCAUUAUGCGUCUCCGAGAUGAUUUGAACCCUGCUGCGUCCGAUACAGAUCCGAGAAGCAUUCGCCUGCCUCCUCUUGUCACUCUGCCUCAUUGCCAAACCCAAAUCAUCACCAACGUGGCCAUGUCAUGUUCUUCUCCCGAGGAUGAAGACUGUGUUGUUGCUGUCAAGUUCUUGGGACCUCAGCUCAGCUUUUGCAGACCCGCUCGAAGUCACUCCGAUUGGACCAACAUCAGAAUCGAAAACCCCUGCUUCUUCUCCUCCCGUGUCAUGUUUUCCAAGAAAGACGACAUGUUUCGCAUUCCCGGAUCUGGAGGCCACAUCAUCGGAUCAUGAGAUCUCCGCAGACACAAGCACGAUCCCGUAUUGCAGAGAUUGCGAUUCCGAAAACUCCCCGAGCUUCCCAAGACCAAACGGGAGCUUUUGGAUUCCUGCUGCAUCACCGAACACUUAGUGGAGUCCCCAGCUGGUGAAACAUUCUUGGUUAAGUGGUACAGGAAAACUGCACCCGCACCCAAGACUAUCAAUGGUAUGGUGAAAAUGCAAACAAAAACUGUGAUGGUGUUCAAACUUGAUGAAAAAGGAAACGCUGUUUACACUCAAGACAUUGGGGAUCUCUACAUUUUCCUCUCAAAGUCUGAACCUUUCUGUGUCCCUGCUAGCUCUUUUCCCGGCAUGUCCUCUAACCGCGUCGAGAUCUUGGAUGUCAACGAAAACGUUGUUGUCGAUCUGUCUGAUUACUCCAUGACCGGUGGAAAUGCUCGUUUCGGUGCACCUUACAGUAUUCCACCCCAAAAACUAGACUAGUGGUUUGCUUAGCACCAUCUCACUCUCGUCAAGCAAUAGACUUGUAGUAGUACAACUGUAUUCCAUUGUUACAACAUGUUAACUAUGUACGUGGGUUCUUUUACAUUAGCUAAUGACCUGUAUGCUGUUUAUGCAUUUGUUUGUUCCCUCAUGUGAAACUAUUCUCAUUGGUGUCGAUCAGUUUCCAUUU